GCGCCCGGGCGGCUCCUUCCGCCGACGGCCGCGGCCGCAGCAUGAGCGGGCCGGGGCUGCCGGGGCCCGGCGGCGGCGCGGGGCUGCCGCCGCUGCCCAAGAGCCUGAGCGGGCUCCUCAACUCCUCCUCCUCCGGCGGCGGCGGCCAGGGCGGGCGCUGGCGGGACCUGGAGCGGCUCUACGCGCAGAAGUCCCGCAUCCAAGACGAGCUGAGCGGCGGCGGCCGGGGCUCGCCGCGGCCGCCCAAGCCUCCCAACCUGGACGCGGCGCUGGCCCUGCUCCGCAAGGAGAUGGUUGGUCUUCGGCAGCUGGAUAUGUCAUUACUGUGUCAGCUGUACUCCCUGUAUGAAUCCAUUCAAGAAUACAAAGGUGCCUGCCAAGCUGACUCCAACGCAGACUGCACGUACGCUCUGGAAAAUGGUUUUUUUGAUGAAGAGGAGGAGUACUUCUAGAGGCAGGAAAAUUCACCUCUAGGCUGACCAAGGUUCUUUUGUCCUUCUCUCCCUAUAACACACCUCAGCAAGAACAACUGGAAUAUGUAUGGAUCCCUCUUCCUGAGGAGGAACACCCAGCUACCCCAAGUUGUGUUAAAUUCACUUAUUUUAACAGGCUGUCAGUACAAGUUACUCAUGCAAAUACCACUUGAGGAAAGUGCUGUACUCUAAUUUUUGAAAAGUUUUCAGACGUGCUUGGCACGAGUUUUCAAUUUAAUUUGCCGGGUGGGUGUUUUCAACUUACAAACGUUGGUAGCUUAUAACUGGAAUUUUAAUUGUAGAAGAUGACAGUGACUUCUUGAGUUGUAAUGACUUUGUAAGGGGGGAGGGAAGCCUCUGCUGCAAUGUAAAUAGCUAUAGGUGAUUUUUUUUUUUGGUCAGUGGUAUUGAUAAAUAUAUUUUGAAUAGGCAUCUGGAUACACGCACAUCCUCAGCCCUACUAAGCUAGUUCUGCUCUUACCAACUCUAUCCAGUAUUAUACUGGGUGAAUUGUUUACACAGAUUACUUUUUCUUUUCUCCUUAUGCUGAUUUUGAAUUUUCCUUAUUCCUAGCUGACAAGCUGUACAUGUGAUGGUGACUCUUAUCAGCAGUUUUUUUUCUGUUGAUCUAAUUCACUUUCUUGGUAUUGCCACUUGGCAUUAACUUUUAUACUAUUGUCUGGAUUUCUUGCAUCAACAUAGCUCUUUGACCUGCUAAACUCUGUGCUGAAAUGGUUUGCUUAAGCUUUUACUGUGCUGCAUAGUAAAAGCACAGAUUCAAACUUUUUCUGUCUGCCACUAUGUGGCUUGGAAUAACAUGAACUCUUCUGCAAGUGUUCUCAAUCAUAUGAAGAAUAAAGAAACCUCUCAUAUGACAACAAUGGGACAAAUUGCAAUAUUUUAUACUGGAUGAACUUUGUUUCUGUAAGGUAGACUACAGCUCUUUUUAAAAAUGCAAAAUAAGUAUUUUGAGCACAUACUUUGCAUAUGUUAAAACUUUUUAUACUAACUUGUUCUUUGAAGUAUAACUUAUUUUUCUUUUCAGAAUUUCCUAAAGCACUCGGUUAAGUUUUUAUUAUUUCAUAUUGUGUACAUGUAAUGCUUAAUCAGCUUGGAAAAUGAGUUGCCAACUAUCUGAGUCUUCACCCUUUCUAUUUUAAGUAAAAUCAGCUCCCAACGCAAUUUUCAUUUCUUAACCUUAGUUUUAAAGAUUGCUGUAAAGCACAGUGCCUGAAUCUUGACACAAGCUAAUAAUUAAGGGCUUAAAAUCUCAAAGGGUUUUUGCAUGGUUCAUGUCUGGCAUGCACACAGUUUACAGAAAGAAUUGGAGGUCACAUUCUGGGGUAGCUCCUCUCUUAGUUUUUAGCCAAGUCUAGCAUAUUGCAGUGAUAAAAGCUAAGAGCCAAAACAUUUCCAGGGUGGAGUUUUCCUGUGUUCCCCCUAAAAAAAGGCGACAAGUAAAAUACUGUGCUGUAAUUGUGUAUGUGUAGAAGUUCUUAAUCUAGUCUGUGGCAAUGGUUAGAAUUUUUUUAAUAUUAAUUCUCAUCUGAUUACUUCACUUGCCUAAAACUAAAAUGAAUGAUAAGGCAAACACAGAGAAACCAAGUGGCCACAUCUAUAUUUUAAAAGUUGUGUGUGUAUGUCUGUGUUUAUAUACAUACAUAUAUAUAUAUAUAUGUGUGAUGUAUACACACACAUGUGCAUGCAACUUUAUGCUUUGACUUAAGAAUGUAACAGCUUUGAAUAUAAUUUGUGGUGCUUUUCGUAUUUAGAUGAGGCUUUUUCUAGUCUGUUAAAGUACUGCUAUUUUCUUGCUCUUUCCCAAAAAAUAAAAAGCAUGAUGUUUAGCAUAA